CUCCGUCAACCCAAAAUGAGGAGUGUUCGUUCAUUCUUUCCUUCGUAUAGAUUUUCCGGCCAGAGAAAGAGAAAGAGAAAUGGUGGGCAUUACAGGUCGGAUGAAGAGCGAAGAGGAGGAGGCGAAGCUGAGGAAGAGGAACGAGGAGCUGGAGAGGGAGCUGAGGAAGAGCCAGGAGAGGGAGGAGCAGAUGAGGAGGGAGUUACAAAAGGCCUGGGAGAGGCUCAGAGUCGCCGAGGAGGCGGAGGAGAGGCUCUGCUCGCAGCUCGGCGAGCUCGAGGCGGAGUCCGUCCACCAGGCCCGUGAGUACAACGCUCGUCUACUCUCCCUCGUCAAUCAGCUCUCCCGUGCCACCAUCCAGUCCGCCUCCGCUUGUUAGCAUCGGCGCGGCUCCCAUCCUUUUCCAUCUUUAUGUAUUUCUUCGUUGUGCUCGGAAAAUUAGAUCCAUAUUUGAAAAAAUUCUUGUACCAUACAGGAAGGUCCUCCUCCUGAUUCCUCAAUUAUAUAUGUUUUUUCUGUAAUUUCUUGUAGUGUUGGUUUUCUUUAACCUUAA